CGCUUAUCAGAGGACGAAGUGCGUGAAAUCAUUGACAUCGUGAACGAAUGCCUGCCGGCCGCCGAGCCCUCCUGACCCGCUGGUGUAGGGCUACAACUAACUACUUGACUACUUAGUGAGUCGGUACGCGCUUCUCCGUGUGAACGUACGCUUACACCGCUCGCGGACAACAUGAGUUUGUGUAACCGAGCGCGCCUAAUCCUAUACAAGCACGAUGCGAGCCCACCGGCCAAUGCAGUCCGCAUGGUCGGCGCCAUAUUGGGGCUUCAGUUCGACUACGAGGAGCCGGACUUGAUGAAAGGCGAGCACAAAACGCCCGAGUUCAAAAAGAUAAACCCAAUGUCUACUAUACCGGUGCUGAAAGACGGGAACCUCACUGUUUCAGAGAGCCACGCAAUAAUCCUGUACCUCCUGAACAAGUACGGUGGCGAACAUAGGGAGAAACUCUACCCUUUCGACCCGGCCACCCGCGCCAUAGUCGACCAGUGCCUUUACUUCGACGCGGGGGUGCUGUUUCUACAAAUGCGAGCAGUUACUGUACCCACAUUCACAGGCACGCUAGACGGUCCUACCGAAAAGCACAUAUCCGACAUAGAGGAGGGUUACUCUAUACUCGAGGCAUACUUGGGUCAACGGGCGUACGUGGCCGCGGACCAUCUGACUGUGGCGGACAUCUCUAUCGGGUCUACAGUCGCUGCGUUGCUGGGGAUCCACGCUUUGGAUGCUAAUAAGUUCCCAAAGAUUAAGGCGUGGUUUGAUAACCUGUCGGCAGAAAGCUACUUCCAGGAGGUCAACGCGCCGGGCGCCGCCUUAUUGGCCAAGUCGCUUAGACACUACUGGAUGAAAAAUAAAAAAUAAAGAUAUAUCUUGAAACUUGAAA